AUGGCGGCAUUAUCGUCGAGACCGUGGUGGAAGGACGCAGUAUGCUAUCAGAUCUACCCCGCCUCUUUUAAGGAUUCCAAUGGAGAUGGGCUAGGAGACAUUCCGGGUAUCUUGAGCAAGAUCGACUACUUGAAAGACCUCGGUUUGACAGCCCCCAGGCUCAAGGUUGACAUGGGGUACGACAUUUCAGACUAUGAGAAAGUAUAUCCCCCGUACGGCUCAGUCAAAGAUGUUGAAGAUCUCAUCGAAGCCUGCCAUAAGAGGGGCAUGAAGCUGAUUUUGGAUCUCGUUAUCAAUCAUACAUCUGACCAACACACCUGGUUCAAAGAAUCGAGGUCGUCCAAGGACAACGCAAAGCGUGACUGGUAUAUCUGGAAGCCUCCCCGGUAUGCAGAGGACGGUACCCGCCUGCCGCCGACCAACUGGCGGAGCUACUUCUCUGGGCCGACGUGGGAGUACGAUGAGCACACUGGCGAGUACUACUUGCACUUGUUCGCCAAGGAGCAACCGGACCUCAACUGGGAGAACGAGGAGACUCGAAAGGCUAUCUAUGAUAGCGCCAUGCGUUUCUGGCUUGAUAAAGGAGUCGAUGGUUUUCGGGUAGACACGGUAAACAUGUACUCCAAAGGCGUCGAAUUCAAGGAUGCCCCCAUCGUCGAUGACAGAUUUUACGAGCAACCAGCAUGGCUGUACUACGCCAACGGCCCGAGGAUGCAUGAGUUCCUCCGAGAGAUGAACCGAAACGUGCUCAACAACUACGACGCCGUGACCGUAGGCGAAUUGCCGCACACGCCUGACCCCAAAAAGGUCUUGGAGUACGUUGGAGCGGGCGACAAGCAACUGAGCAUGGUGUUCCAAUUCGACAUAGUCGAUCUCGGCCAGGGACGCGAACACAAGUACCACUUCGAAGAGUGGAAGCUGCCGCAACUCAAGAGUAUCGUGGCUAAGUGGCAGCAAUUCAUCGAGGGCACCGACGGGUGGACAACUGUCUUUUGCGAGAACCACGACCAAGGCCGGUCCAUAUCACGCUACGCCUCGGACGCCGCCCACGAGCGCGCGCCGUCAGCCAAGCUGCUCUCGCUCAUGCUAUGCGCACUGACGGGCACGCUCUUCGUGUACCAGGGGCAGGAAAUCGGCAUGAUCAACGUGCCGGCCAGCUGGCCGAUCGAAUCGUACCGCGACAUCGAGUCGGUCAACUUCUACCGGGCCAUGGCCGCGCGGACGCACAACGACCCGGCCGAGCUCGCCUACAUCAUGCGCAGCCUGCAGGUCCUCGGCCGCGACAACGCCCGCCUGCCCAUGCAGUGGAGCGGCGAGGCGCACGCUGGGUUCACUGAUUGUGAGCGUGGGUCGUGGAUGCGCGUGCAUGAUUUGUAUCGGGAUAUCAAUGUGGAGAGACAGGUGAGAGAGGGGGAGGGUUCGGUGUUGGGGUUUUGGAAGAGGAUGAUCAGGUUUAGGAAGGAGCAUGCGGAUGUGUUGGUGCAUGGUGCGUUUGAGGGUUUUGAUAUGGAAAAUGGGCAGACGUUUGUGUUUGGGAAAAGGGUGGGAGAGAAAAGGGCGGCGGUGGUGUUAAACUUUACCGGCGAGGAGCAGACUGUUGAGUUGCCGGGAUACGAGGGAUUGGUGUUUACGGUUGGGAGCUACGAGGAUGCUGAGAAGCAAGAGCAGGGAGCCGAGGGAAGAGCCAGAAAGUUGCGUCCAUGGGAGGGCCGGCUGUACCUGGCAGGUUGCUAG